AGCCGCUCCCGGAAGUGUUGCCGUGGUAACGCGGGUGGCGGCGCGCUGGAGGGGGCCCGGCGGUGCGAGGUGUGCGGGGCCGCGGCGCGGGUUCGCUGCGGGCGCUGCCGCCUCACGCACUAUUGUGAUAAGGACCAUCAGGAAGCUGACUGGGUCAGUAUCCACAAGCAAAUAUGCCAGCUGCUGGUCCCAAUCCGCACAUCCCUCCCGUGUCCCCCUACGGAACGAGAGAGAAAGCACGGCAUGGAGCAGCUGCUGAGGAGGCAGAAACACAUCAUCGACGUGGCCUACAGCACAGCCCAGGAGUUUGUUUGGGGUGGGAAGCACGAGGAAGCGCGGCCGGCAGCUCUGCAUGCGCUGCGCUUCAGCAUCGAGGUGUACGGCUCCGAUUCCCUCCAACUGGUGCCUGCUUAUCUCCUCUUGGCUGAGGCCUCCGCUGGUGCUGGACAUCUCCCAGAGGCAUCCAAGUAUCUGUCACAAGCCGAGUGGAUCAUCCUCAGAACUCCAGACUGCAGUGCUGCUGUUCAGUACAAACUGCAUCGCAGUCUGGGGCUGUUCUGUGCUGCUAAAGGGGACUUUGAGGAGGCUUUGUACCACCUGGCAAACGAUGUUUACCUCGCUAGUUCUGCCUUUGGACUGAAGUCUAUCGAGGCCUCUGGAGGCUAUUUCCACAUGGCUGAUAUUUUCUUCCGCCAGAACAAAAUGGACAUAGCAAACUCACUCUACGCUGAGGUGACCAGUGCCUGGCAUUCCUUUCUCCUGAAGUCACUCCGAGCCCAGCAGCAGGUUCUCAAGUCACGACCAGAAACAUCCCUGUUCACCGAGGACAGGGAAGUCAGUGAGGAGCCCAUGGCUGAAGCCCAGCAAGUGGAAGGAAUCCGAGUGCUGAAUGCCAUAUUAGACAUCAGAGAACAGGCACCAACACAACAACCUGGGGAAACUGCCAGAGUCCUGCACGCUCUUGCCAUGCUUCACUACCUGCUCAUGGAUAUACCAAAGGCUCAGGAGCUGGGGCUGAAAGCCUUGGAGCUGGCCAAGCAACUGCCCCUGCAGGAGUCUCUAGAGCCCCUCAGGCACUUGCUGAAGCUGAUGAACGUGGAGCCUUCCUCCCCAAAGUGAAGAGCUUCCUACCAGAGCCUGU